CUGCGACAACCGAAGAACCAAUUGCAUCUUGUCAUAUAACGCGUUAUCACCAGUACUGAGCAAAUAUGGGAGAAAGGGGGUACAGUUUCUCACUCACCACAUUCAGCCCAUCUGGUAAACUGGUCCAGAUUGAGUAUGCCCUGUCAGCAGUAGCAGCAGGAGCCCCCUCAGUGGGAAUCAAAGCCUCAAAUGGAGUCGUUUUGGCGACCGAGAAGAAACAGAAGUCUAUACUGUACGAUGAGACGAGUGUUCACAAAGUCGAGAUGAUAACCAAACAUAUUGGCAUGGUCUACAGUGGAAUGGGUCCAGACUACAGGGUGCUGUUGAGGAGAGCGAGGAAACUGGCCCAGCAGUACUUCCUGGUCUACCAGGAGCCAAUCCCCACAGCCCAGCUUGUCCAGUGGGUAGCCUCUGUCAUGCAGGAGUACACACAGUCUGGUGGAGUGCGACCCUUUGGUGUGUCACUGUUGAUAGCUGGAUGGGAUGAUGAUCGCCCUUACCUCUUCCAGUCAGAUCCCUCUGGUGCAUACUUUGCAUGGAAAGCCACAGCGAUGGGAAAGAACUACGUCAAUGGGAAAACAUUCCUAGAAAAGAGAUAUAACGUGGAUCUGGAGCUGGAAGACGCAAUCCACACAGCAAUCUUAACCUUGAAGGAAAGUUUUGAGGGUCAGAUGACAGAAGAUAACAUUGAGGUGGGAAUCUGCAAUGAGGCAGGUUUCAGAAGACUCACCACAGCAGAGGUCAAGGACUACCUGGCAGCCAUUGCAUAAAAUGCCCCCUCCAUGGGGUCUGUCGGCAUGGACUCAUUCAGAUCAGCUGUUUACUUUUUACAAAACACAUACCAAUACAGUUUUUUUGCAGUUUAGCAGAUUUCAACAAUUUGUCGUUUUUUUUGCUCCGGUUAUACCUAGUCACGAACUACUAAUAAAAUAUGAUUUAUGUAAUAA